AUGCACGGUGCCCGUAUGCCAAAGGCGUUGAUCUCAUCAACGGAUUUGCCCGACAGGGCCGCAGGAGCAGAACCAGCAUUGUAUUGGUACCCUCUACUGCUUAUUGUUCCCGACCGCGAUGAUGGCUUCACACCCGUCUCCACCGAGUGGAACGGCUAA